UCGCCCCUCUGAUCUCCCUCCUCAGCUGGUGGAUGCUGCAGACCCCCGAAGCCUGCCGGAGCCCAAGAGGCCACGCAGAGGGAAAAGAAGACACCUUGGUUCUGCAAGAAACGUGAGGAUUGCCAUGGGGAACCAUGUUGGGAAACGAGAUCUGGGUGCUGAGAAAGUAAAGAAUACUGAAGCAAAAGUGGAAGAAGCUGAAGAUAAAGUAGACCCCAAAGCAGUCAGGCUAACCCAGGAACCCUCAGAAGACAAUGAAGUUUUUGGAGAGGCAGAUGUGAACCAGAACAAUGGGACCUCCACUAAGAGCACAGCGGUGACAGACUCCAAGGGCACAGUAGGCCCAAAGAAUGCCUGGAAGGAGGCCAACCCAGCUGACACAACUGGUCGCCCCCAUUUGGUCCGCCUCUUUUCCCGAGAUGCCCCAGGGAGAGAAGACAACACCUUCAAAGAUCGGCCCUCUGAAUCAGAUGAGCUACAGACCAUUCAGGAAGACAGUGCAACAGCUUCUGAGAACUCGGAUUUGAUGGCUUCACAGAAACGCUCCUCUUUCCGGCAUGGGUCCAAGCUUGCAUCUGCAAGUGUGAUAGACCAUGCUAGACAUGGAUCCCCAAGAAGAUACAGGGAACCAGGUCUACUUGACUCACUGGGCAGAUUCUUUGGAGGUGACAAACAUGUCCCCAGGAGGGGCAAGGACUAUCAUCACGCUGCCAGAGCUAGCCAUGUAAGUUCCCUGCCUCAUCCGAGGUCUCAACAUGGACGGUAUGUGGAGGACAACCCAGUACUCCACUUCUUCAAGAACAUUGUGUCACCCAGGACACCACCUCCCAUGCAGGCAAAGGGGAGAGGAUUAUCCCUCACCAGAUUUAGCUGGGGUGGUGAAACUCACAAGUCUGGAUAUGGAAGGUCUGGAUAUGGAAGUGGCAAAUUCUAUGAGCACAAAUAUGCUCAUAAGGGACACAAGGGAUACCAUGAUGGCCAAGGCACACUAUCCAAAAUCUUUAGACUGGGAGGAUCUGGUUCCCGGCCCGGUUCCCGGUCUGGCUCUCCCAUCGCUAGGCGCUGAAGCUCUAAGAUGUCACUGAAGGACUACGUUCUCUGCUUCAUAACAUAGCUGCCUUAAAGAUUUAAUAACCAGUAGCAGAAUUCCCUAGAUAGAAACACAAUCUAUUCGUUAAUGUCACUUGAGUUGCGCAUGCAGUAAGAGUAUACAAAAUUGUCUCAGCAAAUGCUGACCAACAUUUGAGCAAAAGCAAAAAACAAAACACCAAACACCAAACUUGCAACGUAGCUUUUACUUGCGGUCGGCAGCACCACUUUAAGGAAAGUAACCAAAUCCCCCAUAUUAUUCAUUCUUCUUCAAGGUGUUCCCAAAAGACAUAGGGCUUUAGUUUUUCAAGCACGUACAACAUUAAGUCCCUUUCAGAUUUAUUUUCCACUAAACCUUAUGUUACCACAUAAAACACAAUUGUCUGCAUUUUUUGAGCGCUGCCAUUAACAAACCUUUGAGACCUCUGCUGUAAACAAACAAAAUAAUAAUAAUAAAAAUAUGUGCAGAAGUUGUAAGGACUGUUUAUCCACAUUUUUUUUAUUAUUUGGUAUGGUUUUGAUUUAUUCUUUUUUGGUUCCUCAGUAGCCUUUUCUCUCACAGAUUAUUUUUAUUUUUUUAAUUUUUCCUAACUGGAUUAGGCAGUCAUGGAAAGGUACUUUAAAUUAGGAGCUCAAGGUAUGUGAGAUGUGGAAGAAGGCAGCUGUUACUGUUUCAAUGCGACUGAGCAAUGGUAAUGAGGAAUGAGGCACAUUCCAUGGAACUUCUCGGUGCAUGGCCAAUUGCUCAUCACACCCAACACAUUAGGAAUUAAGAGUGGCUGGGAGAGAGAAAAGAGGAUCUCAAACUUGAAUUAGACUAGUUUUACAACAGAAAAAGGGACAAUCCCGAAGACGGGAGAUUUAAGACCUGGGCAUGUGAACAGUGGAUGUCCCUGCAACUCCAUACAGGCACUUGCUGCAAAGUAAUUUCUUUUGCAGUUAAAAUUUUAAAGUCUAAUUUCUAAAUGACAGAAAGCCCUAUGGCAAGGAAGUUUCAGAUAGUACUGCACACCUAAAGUUAGCAUUUCUAGCCAUGUUCUCACAGCAGAGUUAAACAUGCAGUGCACCAGAGCAAACCAUACUUUGCCUUUAACUGUUGUAUGGUAGAUAUACAUUAAAACUAAUGAAUUAGAGGUAGAUAUUAACAUAUACGAAGCUAUACACACAUGUGGAAAUGGGUCUACCCGUUCACAUGGAGAAAAAUGCUCUUCUGAAUUGCACUGUUCUAUUACCUUCAACUUAUUCAGUCUCUAAAUGACCUUCCUUUACUCACUCAAGAUUUUAUUUGAGCUUAUUAUGUAUUGUAGACACUAUAUUUAAGGCUAAGUUGGCAUCUACCUUUAGCUAAGCAAAUGAAUACCAGGAGUUAUCGAUGUUAAUGCCAACUGACCUAUAGUGGAAGUUAUUAUUAAUGAUAGAUCACUUUAAUCUACCAUAGGUUUUGAGCAACAUUCUUAAUAUGCAGCAAUGAAAGAUGAGAGGGUAGAAAAACACAAAAACUAAGCAAAACAGAACACCAAAACCUGUUAAGCACACACAUCUAUUUCAUCUUCUUUCAAGCUAUGUUGUUGGCUAUGUGUAUUUUCCUAUGUGUAGCCUCAUCCAGUUGUGUAUUCCACAACAUAAUAGUGAGUUUCAUUUAAGUGUAUUGUUCUUAAAAGUGUAUGAAUACAACUCCUAAAAAAUCAUUAUGAAAUAAAAUACUCAACUUUUAAUGAAA